AUGGAAUCUCUGAUUCUGGUUUUCUCUUCUGACAAGAAUAUUAGAGGAUAUGAGGAGUGCACACCCUAUUCCCAACCAUGGCAAGCAUCUCUGAAUCUCGGUUAUCACUUCUGUGGUGGUUUCCUGAUCAGCGAAUACUGGGUUGUGUCUGUUGCUCAUUGUUAUAUCAUGCUCAUUAAGCUGAGUCAAACAGCUACGUUAAACAACUAUGUGCAGCCUGUUGCACUGCCUAAGAGUUUCCCUCCAGUGGGCACCUGGUGCACAUCCUGGGAGAAGCAUUGUUCCCCUGUGAGUACAGACUUAGUUCAGUAA